UGCAGUGCAGUCGUUAUGAAUAUGAUACUUACCUAACCUAAAACAAAACCUUAAUACUGCAAAAUUGAUUGCAGCCGAAUUUGGAUUAUUUUCUUAUGGUGAUUUGUGAAAUCUUUGGAAAUAUACUUACAAUAUUACAAAAUAAAUAUGAAGAAAAAAUCAAAAAAGAAUUUACAGCAAACAAAUGAAUGCGGCAAUAACAAUGCAGAUAAGAAGUCAAGAAAAGUAGAUCCAGGUUCCUCAGCAAAACCACCUUCAGAAGGUUUUAGUGACAAGGGAAAGCUAAUGGAAAAAAGAAAACGGAAGAAAAGUGAACCCAUGGAAUCUAGUCAGAAGACAAAUACGUUUGGAGAAGAGAUAACUACAAUGAUAAAGAAACAAAAAAGCUUGCACAUUUGUAAGGAUGAGGGACAGUAUAAACCUGGAAUGUUAUCAGAUUUCCUUCAAAAACAGAAAUACGGUCAUCUGAUUUUACCGUGGAAGUCUACGUUUGGCAUGGGAAAGUCUGAUGAUAGUGUUUCCCUUGAUCAAGAUGAAAUCAAGAAGGAUAAACCAAGGAUAAAAAUCAAUCCAUUGUUUGAUACAUCCAAAAGAAAUAAUGUAAAUACUACUCUUACAGAAAGUUCAACUUAUACAGUAUUUGUUGGGAAUCUGCCUCCAGAAAUUACUGUAAACCAAGUCAAGAAGAUUUUUAAGAAAUUUAGCAAUACAAUAAGCAAAAUCAAAAUUAGAACAGAAGAAAGACAAAAUCAGAAACUUUGCACCAGUAGCACAAAGAUUGACCGUGUAAAUGAUCAAAGUAAACACGCAACAGUCAAAUUUAACUCUCUGGAUAGUUACAAUACAGCACUAAAUAUGACAGGAAAAUUAUAUAAUGGACAUCAUCUAAGAAUAACUGGUGCUAAAGGUGAAACCACCUCAGAUCCCGAAAAAAGUAUUUUUGUGGGAAAUUUAGCAGUGGGUAUAUGUGAUGAUGAUCUGUGGAAAACAUUUGAAAAAUGUGGGGAAAUCGAUAGUGUACGGGUUAUUAGAGAUAAAUUGAAUAAGAAAGGAACCUUUGGAUUUGUCAACUUUAAGUCUGCUGAUUCAGUUGCUGAAGCACUGAAACUUGAUGGAACACUUGUAUUAGAACGAGAGAUUAGAGUUAACCAAAUCAAUAAAAAUGCAGAUAGCUUAUCCAGCUUGAUUAAUGUUAAAAGGAGUAAAAAGAAAAGGAGGAAACCUCAGUCAAGUACUGUGGAUAAUGGAUUAGAGCCAAAAAAGGUGCUUGUUGAAACUGGGAUAACUGUAAAGACGACUAAGAAGAGGACCACAAAAUUAAAGACUCAUACUCCUGAAGAAGAAUUGUGAAUAUGUUUAUAAGGUCUGUAAUUGUAAACAAAUACAAAAUUGUUUUAAAACUUGAGUUUGGAUGUUUCCAAAUUAACCUCUUUCACCUUGUACUACUAGCAAAUUUAUUAUACAGCACAGUUGAGUUGUUGAAAAUUAUUUGCUAUUCUAUGUUCACAAAUGUUAGUGCUACUUCCUCAUUUUCUGCAAUUAGUUCAAAAUAUUUUAAGUGUUUUGUCACAAAAUAUACUAUUAAUGGGGGAGUGUUUGCUUCUGCCUGGUAGCUUAAAACUUUUUUGUAACAGA